AUGUUCGGUGCCCCAUCCACGGUUACGACUGAUCGUGGUGCUCAGUUUGAGUCGGCACUCUUCCAAACGCUACUCAAUUUCCUUGGCUGCACACGCAUUCGGACGACAGCCUACCACCCAGCUGCCAACGGUAUGGUUGAGCGUUUCCAUCGCCAGCUAAAGACCGCCCUGCGUGCCGUAGAAGACCCAGGAAACUGGUCGGACAACCUUCCUCUUGAACUCCUUGGCAUCCGCGCAGAUAUGAAGUCGGAUCUGGGCUGUAGCGCAGCUGAAUUGGUUUUCGGCACUACCCUCCGGCUGCCAGGCGAGAUGGUCACCCCAACCUCUCGUGGGGCGGACAAGACUCCUGACAACUUUGUGCACCGUCUGCGGCAAUUUAUGAGCGCGCUUUCCCCGGUUCCAUCUCGAACUACAACGACUGAGUCUUAUGUCGAAAAAGACUUGGAAAACUGCACUCAUGUGUUCGUUCGGUGUGACCGUGUGUGCCAACCGCUGGAAUCACCAUACGAAGGACCGUUGCGCGUGCUCGCGCGCAACGCCGGAUUCUUCGCGGUGACAAGGAGGACGAGGUCAGUGUCGAUUGGGUCAAGGCUGCUGUUGCAGAGGAGCCGCCGGACCUGUCACAAGGACAAAAAUGUGCUGACCCCCUAACCCCUGUUCCUCCAUCCUCCCUAUCCCCUGCUCUUUCAACUUGUCCAGUCCCUCCCCUUUCCCCUCCCUUGUCCUCUACCCCUCCAUCCCGCAUACUUCCUCUCCCUACAUGUCUACAGAAUUCAACUGCAACAUCAUCCUCCACCAUAGCACGCAGUCAACCUUCUUCGACUGUACCUCCUGCAUACAUCACUCGCAGUAG